CAGUUUCGUGCAAAACGUGGAAGCGGCUGGUCAGCAAAAGUCAGCACCAAGAAAAACUACAAGGAAAAUUCACUAAUUCAAACGGCUAGAAAAAUCGCAAGAACAAAAAAAAAACUAACUUACUGAAAAAUACGAAAGCAAAUGUCUAGCUUAAAUUGAGAUUGAUAUUUAAAUUAAUGAAAACGAGUUAAAAAAUUUGCAUAUUGCAAUUGUUAAAUGCAGUCAAGAGACUCCGGCUAAGCGCGGGCCUAGUGUAUUUGGCAAUAAACCGGAUAUUCUAGAUUUCCAGAUCGCCGUUGUCAUCCAAUUCGAAGCUAAGCCGAAGCCGAAACAAAAAACAAGCGAACCCAAAGAGUUGUUAAUCAAAGCGUUACAAUUGUCCAUAAGCAAAGACAAUAACAAUAACAAAACGGGCAAAAAAGUGACACAAUUAAACUGUAAGCAGUAAAAAAGAACUCCGUUGGAUUGUCUUCAAUCUGUAGCAAAUUGUAGCUAUAUCCACAGACACACACACACUUUUACACCUAUAUACACCUACCUAUCUACCUAUCGCUGUGGCCAGCUGAGCAGCGCUGAGUGUUAAGUUUAUUUCUGUUUGCGGGCAAAGAAACCAACAACAAAAAAAAAAAAACAAGCGAAACAACAACAAAAAAGUCGGCGGAAAAGCGAAGAAAAGAUCGUGCACGCUAAAGUAACAUAUUUAUUUUUAACAAUUUCGCAAGCGUUCAAAUUUUGCUCCAGCGAAAAAAAAUCAUAUAUGUGUAUUCAUAUAUAUGAAACUGAACUGUAUCGUCAGACAGACAGAUAGACCAACAACAAAAAAGCGAUCGUUAGGAGAACCAAUACCAAUACUAAAACAAAAAAAAACACCAAAACAACAACACAAAAAAGCGGCGGCGGCAACAUUCGACGUUGAACGGCGAGGGGAACCAGAAGCUGUUAACAAAAAAUUAGUUGGCAACAAGAGCAACGCGAGUGACAACAGCAACAAUAAUCGUUGCAGCAACAAGGCUCGCAGUGGCAGCAGCAGUAACAACAAUUGCAACAAUGUCGACAGCAACUUGCGCGCGUUUCUGCACUCCGCUGACAGGCGGCAAAGGCGGCUCCUCAUCAAAAUUGACAUCAGGAACCGGAAGCAACAUGACGUCAUCGUCAUUGCACAAGAAACAGAUUCCAGCAACAGCAGCAACAACAACAGCAGCGACAGCAGCAACAAAUGACAACACAGAGGCAACAUUCACAUUCAAAUUGAGUCGCGCCACAACCAGCAGCAAUGUCAACGGUGGCAGUCACAGUGUCGCCUCGAGUGAAUCAUCAGAUCCCUUAGAGUCCGAUUAUAGCGAGGAAACCGAAGAAGAAGAGCAGCAACAGCAGCAACAUAAGAAGCAACCACAAUCCAAACACGUCAGUGUCAGCAGUCGAAGCAGCAGCAGCGCCACAACAACAUCCGUGGACAAUGACGGAGAUGAUGAUGUGGACGAUGAGGAGGAUGGCGAUGAGGGCGAUGGUCACGAUACGGAUGAUGUGACCAACAACGAUGAUUCCGAUGAAAGUGAACAGGACGAUGGCAAUGAGACGGACGAUGAGGAGACCGACGAUGAGUCUGAGGAAAGCAGCAGCGUUCAGACCGCAAAGGGCGUACGCAAAUAUCUUCUCGACGAUUACCAGAUCAUCAAGACAGUCGGCACUGGCACCUUUGGGCGUGUUUGUCUCUGCCGCGAUCGCAUUUCCGAAAAAUACUGUGCCAUGAAGAUUUUGGCCAUGACCGAAGUCAUCCGCCUCAAGCAGAUUGAACAUGUCAAGAAUGAGCGAAACAUAUUGCGGGAAAUCCGACAUCCAUUUGUGAUCAGCCUUGAAUGGUCCACAAAGGACGAAUCCAAUCUGUAUAUGAUCUUUGAUUAUGUUUGCGGCGGUGAGCUGUUCACAUAUCUGCGCAAUGCGGGCAAAUUUACUAGUCAAACUUCCAAUUUUUAUGCCGCUGAAAUUGUCAGCGCUCUUGAGUAUCUGCACUCUCUGCAAAUUGUCUAUAGGGAUCUGAAGCCUGAGAACUUGUUGAUCAAUCGAGAUGGUCAUUUGAAGAUAACAGAUUUCGGUUUUGCCAAAAAGCUGCGCGAUCGCACCUGGACAUUGUGUGGCACACCUGAGUACAUUGCACCUGAGAUAAUACAGUCCAAAGGACACAACAAAGCCGUCGAUUGGUGGGCUUUGGGUGUGCUUAUCUAUGAAAUGCUUGUGGGCUAUCCGCCUUUCUAUGAUGAGCAGCCUUUUGGCAUAUAUGAGAAGAUUUUGAGCGGCAAAAUUGAAUGGGAACGACACAUGGAUCCCAUAGCUAAAGACUUGAUUAAAAAGUUGCUGGUGAAUGAUAGAACCAAGCGACUGGGCAAUAUGAAGAAUGGCGCUGAUGACGUUAAAAGGCAUCGCUGGUUCAAGCACUUGAAUUGGAAUGACGUCUACAACAAGAAACUAAAGCCACCAAUUAUGCCUGACGUGCACCACGAUGGGGAUACGAAAAAUUUUGACGAUUAUCCCGAGAAGGAUUGGAAACCCGCCAAGGCAGUAGACCAAAGAGAUUUGCAGUUGUUUAAUGAUUUUUAAACGGGGAGGAGACUACUAAGCAAAACAAUUUAAAUAAAUAUACACCUAAAUAAUAUAGUAUACAUAUUUCACAUUGUAUGUGCUGUGUAUGGCAUGGAUAUGAAACUACAUAGUAUGAUUUGCUGUGAGGCGAAUACACACAUUCAUUAUUCAUUAUUUAUACUGGCAAUUAGUGUUAAAAGUGCUGUGCAAAACACAAAAGCAAUGAUACACACACACAGAUACAUACAACUUAUGCCUAAUAUACGAUUCUAUUUAUAAUAAGCCUAAGUUUAUGCCCAUAAUGUUAUGUCUAGCGUGAGACGUCUAUAAUUAUCAUUAUUAUUAUUAUUAUUAUUAAUAUGAUUAUAAUUAUUAUGUUUAAUUGUUUAAUGUUCGAGUGCUGGCUGCAAAGUUGCAAGCAAAUCGCACAUACAAACAAAAUUAAUUAUUGUUAACUUAAAAGCGAAACAACAAAAACCAACCAUAAAGAAAAAUUAACGUAAAACGUUGAAUAAAGUGAUAGAAACUCGAUACACACGUGUG